AUGUCUACUCAAUUUGACGCCGAAUCUCUCGCCCGCAUCUCCCUGCACGACCCCUCAGACUUUAACGUCCAGCUCUCUCAAACAAGUCAUCGCUUAGUGCUUCUACAGAACUGGAACAUACCUGCUGGCUCAAAGAUAUUGGAGUUAGGGUGCGGGCAAGGAGACUGUACAACUGUCCUUGCCCAUGCUGUGGGCAAAGAGGGGAGCGUUGUGGCUGUCGAUCCGGCUGACUUGAAUUAUGGCGCUCCAUAUAGUCUUGGCCAAGCACAAACACACAUAUCACAAAGUCCUCUAGGUACAAGAAUUACCUGGGUGCAGCAAUCCCCCUUGGAUUAUCUCUCCUCUUUAUCCUCCCCUUCUUCUUCUACUUCUUCGCAGUCCGCUAACGACACCAAAACCUUUGAUGCCACUGUACUCGCCCAUUGUACUUGGUACUUUUCUUCCCCUUCCAUUAUUCAAUCAACUUUGCGUGCUAUCAGGGACCACAGCAAGCGCCUCCUCCUUGCUGAAUGGUCUUUAGUGGCGACUGACCCCUCUGCACAACCUCAUGUACUCGCUGCGCUCGCCCAAGCAGCACUAGAAUGUCACAAACCUAAGAGCGAUUCCAACAUUCGUACUGUGGUAGGACCAAAGCGUCUUACCGACCUGGCGCUAGCUGCCGGAUGGAAGCUGGAAAGUGAGACCCGUGUGCAAGCAAAAGAUGGAUUGCUUGACGGACAAUGGGAGGUUUCAACUUGUCUCUCUGCCUCUUUUCAGGAGGAAGUAGAAACCCACGUCAAUGGUGAAAGGGAGAGAGGGUUAAUUCUCGCUCUACGAGAGGCGUGCCAUGCAAGCUUACAGUAUACGCCGGGAGGUCAGAAGGGGGUCCGGGCGAUGGAUGUUUGGAUUUCCAGUUUCGUUUGUAUGUGA